CUCCAGUUACGGCCUGGACAUCGCCCUGGCCGGAAGACCUUUUGUCAUUUUCACUGUGCUGUUCGAAUACGAAAUUUGGCCGCCCCGAUUUCCAAUGGUGUUUCACCUCAAGAGUUUUGGUGCUGGAGGUUGGGAACUAUUUCCUGUUACCUCGUGAAAUGUCCAAGUGCAGUUGCCGUUGUUCCUCUCCGCGAAUUGCCGUUGAUUUUCUUCUCGGUUCCCGAUUGUGCAGCGACGAUUGUCUAUAAAUGGGAAACAUUUCUUGUGUUCUUCUGUCAAAACCAAGGCCUGGUCUUCUUGCUCAUAAGUUUUCAGAAUUAGUUGUUGAAGCUAUUUAUACUUUCUAUCCUCAUAUUUUUCUCGUCAGUGCUUAUUAGAGGUCGUCGAGUUAUCUGUCGAGGACUAUAUAUUGUUGUAUUUCCCUAUUGGAUCUUGUCUGUGGUACCUUUAGAUUUUAAUAAACCGAAGUUCCUCAUUCUCUCUUUAGAUUUGAGUUUAUAUUGUCUCUCAACUCUUGAAACCUGCACUGUUAGGUAUACCAAUACGUCGGACGAAGAGUAAUUUGGGUCAUUAUGUGAUUUCGUUUUUGUAAUAGUUUAGUCCUCCUUGUCAUUCCAUUUUUUAUCCCCCUUUUUUUUUUUUUAUUUACGCCUCUCUGUACAACAAGGGCAUGAAAUACCUACAAUGAAAGACGCAUCCGGUGGAAGGGGUUUAUGAGAUAGUUAGCCAUUAAAAGCUAAUGUGUUUUCGUUGUGGUCUGCUAUGAAAAAGUGGGUUCCAAUCUUAUCCUCGCGUCGCAACCAUGGCCCAGCUCCAUGUUCUGAUUUCUUUCGAUUGAAUUUCUAGACAGUUAUUACUUUGCUGGUCAUCGAAGGAUCCCGGAGUGCAGCGUCGCUUGUUUCGUCUCAUCUCCUCUGGAACUGUUCGAAGCUUGACAUUUGAGUCCAUUUCAGCCACACUGGUUGAUAUCCAUUUGAAGACUGACAAUUACUGAGACUCAGACGUAAAGAUGAGUGACCAGGGAAGUGACCUAAGCCUUGAAGACCGACCUAGUUCAAGGUCGCUCCCAACUGAGGAAUUUGGCAUGGCUGGCAAUCCUAAUCCUGUUGGAAUUCCACUCUUCAGGAAUCUGCCGGGAUGGGGUUCGAGCAGGAGGAAAGGGCCUCGCUCCUCGGGUCGCAGCAGUACGUCUACCAUUCGUCCGGAUCAGACACCUACUCCAGCGAGUGCCUGCAGCCGGAGCAGGGCGACACAAACUUGGUGAAGCAGACGGGGCUGGGAUAUGGAACCUGGACGUCUGGCAAAGAAGGCAUCACUCUCACCUGGAAGGACCUCAGCGUGUACGUCCCCCAGAAGACCGCCUGGUUCAGGAAGGGCAAUGACCAGAGGCCAUUUAAGCGCGUCCUUAACAAUGUCUCAGGUGCCGUCAGACCUGGUAGCUUGGUGGCUCUCAUGGGUUCUAGUGGUGCUGGGAAGUCCACCCUCAUGACUGCCCUGGCUCAUAGGACUCCUGGCGGAGUGAUCGUCGACGGAGACAUCCUGGUCAACAGUCGAAGGGCCACCCGCACGAUGGCCUCCCUGGCCGGGUACGUGCAUCAGGACGACCUCUUCGUCGGGUCGCUGACGGUCAAGGAGCAUUUGACUUUUAUGGCCAGGCUUCGAAUGGACUACCGCAAGACGCAGUGGCAGCGUAGCGCUCGCGUUCAAGAACUCAUGAAGGAGCUGGGACUGCUGAAGACGCAGAAUACCCGGAUUGGGAUCCCUGGCCAGGAUAAAUCGCUCUCAGGAGGAGAGAGAAAAAGGCUUGCUUUUGCAACAGAGAUUCUUACAGAUCCUCCGCUGCUCUUUUGCGACGAGCCAACCACAGGACUGGAUUCCUACAACGCCAGAAAGUUGGUGCGCAUGAUGAAGGACAUGGCUGCCCGCGGGAAGACCAUUCUUUGCACCAUCCACCAGCCAUCUUCCGAAGUCUUCGCCAUGUUUGACAAGUUACUGCUGCUGGCUGAGGGUCGCGUGGCCUACAUGGGAUCCUCGUCUGGUGCCCUCGAGUUCUUGGACAGUUUGGGUCAUAAGUGUCCAUCGACGUUCAACCCAGCUGACUACUACAUCCACACUCUGGCAGUGUUACCAGGUCACGAACAUCGCAGCCGGGAGAGAAUCAAGAGAAUAUGUGACAACUUUGCUGUUUCAGCUUACUCAAAGGACAUAGAUAUCACCAUUCAGUAUCAGGAUAACAUGUGCAUAUCCCAGUCGGAUUCUGGGGCUAGUUCGCAGGAUGAGAUGUAUAUCAAGAAUAUACCACAUAAACCCAACUGGCUGAUCCAACUGUGGUGGCUCACUUGGCGGUCUCUGGUCGAUUCAUACCGCAAUCCCGCCAUUCACUCCAUCAGAAUAUUGCAGAAAAUUCUGAUCGCGUUCCUGGUGGGCGUGUGUUACACGAAUGUGAAACUGAACCAAGCUGGAAUCCAAGACAUCGAGGGCGUUCUCUUCAUAUUCAUCACGGAGAAUACGUUCCCUUCCCUCUACGGAGUUCUCAACAUCUUCCCUCAGGAAAUGCCUUUGUUCUUGAGAGAAUACAAGAACGGCAUCUACAGAGCCGACACUUACUACUUGUCUAAGAUGGUGGCGCUGGUCCCGGGCUUCAUUGUUGACCCUGUCGUCUUCUGCCUAAUCUGCUACUGGAUGGUGGGUCUUCAGCGUCACGCCUACCACUUUUUCAUGACUGUUCUGAUCACAAUUUUCACUGCGAAUACGGCUUCAGCUUGCGGAUCGAUGUUUUCGGCCAUGUUUGAGAGCAUCCCCUACAUCAUGUUGUUCUUGAUACCUUUCGACGUUGUCCUCCUCAUAUCAGGCGGAUUAUUCAUCAACCUGACAUCAAUGCCAUGGUUCAUUGGCUGGGUGAAAUACCUGUCAUGGUUCAUGUAUUCCAACGAAGCGUUGACCAUCACACAAUGGAAAGGAGUCAAGAAUAUAACCUGCGAGAUGCCUCCCGGAGUGCCCUGCAUCAGCACAGGAGACCAAGUGAUCAACGAGUAUUCUUUUAAAGCGACUCAUCUCUCCUACGAUUUUGCCUUCCUCUCGAUAUUGUAUGUCUGUUUUCAUUUGCUUGGCUUUGUUGGACUUUAUAUGCGAGCGAGAAAAAAUAACUUGGUGGCUAACAAGGUUUCAGUGCAGAUUGGGUGAGCUGCAAAAAUUGUGCUAUGAUUCAAGGAAAAGACUCACGGAAGCAAUGUCAGUCUUCAGCUAGAUAGGCAAAGCCACAAAACUUGAAUGUUGUCAAGGUCAGUAAUCUUUUCAUUUCAGUGUGAUUUUUUUCGCCUGUCUGUUCACGAAUAGGUCUUUCAGAGUUUGUGUAUGAAUUCCAGCUACUUUUAGUAUCAUAUUAAAUGUAGAAUAUAGACUACAAAGCCAUGGGCAGUUUAAUUGUGACCCCCUUUGCCUUAGAAUGUUGCCUCUGCCACUACCAAUGGGGCCAGAGGAAAACCUUUCGGCUUACAACAAGCUCUAGGUUCUCAAAAGACUGGUGCUCUGCGAUAGGAAGCAAGGUUUGAUUCAUUCUUAUCAUUAUUACAGAACAAACAGGCAACCCUAGUUGGGUAACCAAUAUGCUACAGGCCCAAUGGUCCCAAUAUGGAAAGCAGUACAGAAAAGAAGACUGAGAAGUAUACAUAGUGAAACAGAAAUAAAAAAGUAAAUAAUUACGGAAACAACAAAGUAAAAUAGAUGAGUCAAAUAACAAAUAAACUAUGAAGUGAGACAGGUGUCCAACUACUCAGCAACAACAGCAAAAAUGCAAAAUGCACCACGUUUGAACUUCUGAAUUUGCAACAAUUCAGCUACAGGAUUUAGAUCAUUCCACAGUUUGGUCCCAGCAGCAAUAAAUCUUCUGAAAAACUACGUAGUAUUGAACCUCACAGAAGAAAAGACGAGUCUGUUAGAAUUAACGACAUAUUCAGUACUAAUUGGUAAAUGGUACCUACAGUCUGAGAAGAUCUGAACGCAAAGAAUAGCAAGAAUUAUGGCUGCUCUGACCCUGUCUGUAUACACGGUGAGCUAAUCGAACGACGGUACUGGAGAUUCAUACCAAGAUUAAGUGCAAGAAGGUUAACCGAAUUCAAGUUGCUAUCAAGCAAUUUAAGAUGACAUUCAGCUGUUGAAGUCCAAAAACGGGAACAGUAUUCAAAGCGUGGCAGAAUAAAAGAAUGAAAACGUCCUCAGGACAAACAGGUCCCAAAACGCUUCCUCUGUCUGUUAAUCUUUUGGUGCAGCAAUAGAAAGAGAGAGAGAGAGAGACGCAAGUGAAUUUGCAAGUAGUCAUUUUUAUAGUUAUAGACUGUUAUGCAUUACCUAUUCUCAUAAUUUACGGCCAUUAAUGUUCAAUCUUGAAAUGAUAGAAGUUUACUGUUAGAGAAAUGCAAUUCUAGUGCUAAUGGUAAUAUCAUAUCAAGUGUUUUACUUUGGACGUUGAACCUGUCUCUAAAACUUAUUAUGUACAAUAUGCUUUUCAUUUUAUUUUUCCUUUGAUCGUGACUUUUUUAGUUAUUGUUUCAUAAUGAUAGUUUAUCAUUAUAUUUUUAUCACACUAGUCAUUGUUGUUCACUGAUUGUCCUGACUGUAUCAAGUGUGAAUUUAGAUAAAUGAAUGAAUGCAAAAGCUUAUGAAAAUAAAACAUUUUGGUUAC